AUGACGGAUCUCUCCGGUACUGAGUACGAAAUCGACGUGGAGUCUCUCGAAAACGAGAACGACGACCCAGCAGGAUUCACCAAAGUGUUGUCCAGUGUCGGAGAAGACGACUCAGGGAACAAAGAUGAUGACAAAUCCGGUCAUACUAACGUAGGCACGGGCGACCAGAGAAAACUGAGCCGCACCCCGAAGUGCGCGCGUUGCAGGAACCAUGGAGUGGUGUCUUGUCUAAAAGGGCACAAAAGAUUCUGUAGGUGGCGAGACUGCCAAUGUGCCAACUGUUUACUGGUUGUGGAAAGACAGCGCGUGAUGGCAGCCCAGGUUGCUCUUAGAAGACAGCAGGCGACAGAAGAUAAGAAAGGGAUAGUGGGGAAACAGAUUCCAACAGAAAGGCGAAAUAUCUAUCAAAGACACAUCCGUCCAUCCACCUUACUGGCUAAAAGUAUCUUAGAAGGGUACCGUCCAGUCCAGUCAGACCCAUUUCUGGGCAGUGGGGCUUCUUUGCCUCCCCCACUCAGUGAUCGUAUGAGGAAGAGGAGGGCUUUCGCUGAUAAAGAGCUGGAGAGCAUUAUGCUGGAGCGUGAGUAUAAGGAGAGGGAACUUUUGGAGUCGACGCAGUCAGCAACAGCCUCUCUGUUCCUGCCCGCUGGCCUGGUCCGCUCUACUGAGUUUAACUCCUUCAAGACGGCCUUUCCUUCCUCUUCUUCCUCUGGCCCUGCAGAACCCAGACCCAAAGACAUUUGUGGUUUCCUACCGGGCUGUUUGGACCUUCCCAUGGCCUAUGGGAGCUCAGCAAAUGUGGAGCUCAUCUCUUCCAACGUCAGCGUAGCCACCACUUACCGACAGUACCCCCUCUCGCCUCCGGCUCCAACCCGUUUUAUGAUGUGGCCACGUGGUAACAACCUCAGUGACACUCUCCUGUAUCAGCAGUGCCUGCUAAAUGCCACCACUGUCCAGAAUCUCAAACCUGGCGCCGUCUGGGACCCAAAGAUGAUGCCUUCCUCUGAAAGUCACUCCCCCGAGCAGGACGUGGCUUCGGCGGCUAAGCUGGAGGGCUCUCGGGCUGCCACAGAUUCUAGUGACACUCACAGAGAGCCUGGUGAGGUCCAGCAAAGUCUGGGCCAGAACAUCAGGGAAAGGUCAGCGUUUUCUCCGCCUAAGAGAGCAUAUGGACAGGCUGGCAUCCCAUCUCACACACCCGGUCACGAACAUGUUCUGAAUAAGAUUGGGAAGGACAACUCCAAACACCCUCUCUCCAUGAACAUGAGUUGUUUCCAUUCCCUCAUACAACAGACUCUGAAUGAGAAAAACAACCCAGAACUGAAAAGUCCAUACUGUAAGGAUCAGCUGGAAGACACAGCCAGAAAAUGCAGGGGUGUUGCAGCUAAAGAGGUACUGCCGUUUAAAAGCACAGAGCGAGCAGGAAAAGAGUUUACAGCCAAGCCAGCAGGGAACAAAGGAUCGACUGAAUCCCUGUCAUUCUCAGUGGAGGCAAUAUUAAAAAGACCCUCACUUCCCCUUAAUCAUGCAUCUCAGUAA